AUGGCUACGACGCAUCAACAAGGCUUUACCAUUUGUUCUUCCAGUGGAACCCUUGUCGAAAUGAAUCUGGAUCAGUUGUUUGGGGAUCAAUGUGUUGGGGGCAUGCUAUCUCAAAGGAUAUGGUGCACUGGAAUGUAUCUCAAGCACCGGCAAUCCAACCAGGAGUCACUGCUGAAGAAUGGUUGCUUGAUUCCCACCAACUCGGAUGGCAAAGCUGGAGCUAGACCACUGACCGUGUUCUAUACGGGAGUGAGUCGAUUGCCGCUGCACUACACUCUGCCUUAUAUCCGACAGACAGAGACGCUGGCCGCUGCGCAAUCAUUAGACGGCGGUCAAACAUGGACAAAGGUCACAAAGAACCCGAUCCUCCUAGAGCCCCCCGCCGCCCUUGACGUGACGGGUUGGCGCGAUCCGUUCAUUGCAACCUGGCCUGCGAUGGCCAAAUUACUUGGCCAUGGCAAAAGCCAGUUCUACGGUAUGAUCUCUGGAGGCAUUCGGGAUCGCUCACCCACAGCAUUCUUGUACGCAAUCAAUCCAUCGAACCCGGCAGAAUGGACAUUCCUCAGUUGCCUGGUCGAGGUUGGAUUGAGCCAUUCCACAUCCCGCUGGAGUGGUGAUAUGGGUAUAAACUGGGAGUGCGCGUGUUUCAUGACCCUCCAAGACGGGCACGACGGUGAAAGCAGGCACUUCGUCAUCGCGGGCUGUGAGGGCUCAAAGGCAGGUUCUACGCACUGUGAAGAGUCAUCGUUCACACAAUAUCCGCAAAGUCCCACGAAAUUUCCCCGUCCAGAAAGGUCCUUGCAGUGGAUGUGCGGAGCCCUUCAAACUACAACCGCGACCACCCCAGAUACUGGCCAUCGAUCAACAAUUCCGAAAAUGCACUACAAAUUUGGAGGCCGCUUCGACUAUGGCCUUCUUUACGCCGCCACCACCUUUCAUGAACCCCUCAGCGACAAACAGAUUGUAUGGGCAUGGGUCACCGAGGAAGACUUGCCGCAACACCUGGUUGAUGAACAGGGGUGGAGUGGGAUGAUAUCCCUGCCUAGAGAAGUUGGUCUUCUCACCGUUCGCGGUGUCACAGGGGUCUUGAGAAGUCGGUUGCAAGAUAUCACAUCGAUGGAGUUCGAGCCGGAAGAAGAGUCAGGAAAGAGGGAGCAACAAACAUUUAGGAUCCGCACAUUGGGCAUCUCUCCCGCCCCGUUCCUUCAAUCUCUCCGCAACAGCGCGAGGGAAAUCCGCCUGGCGGGUCACUCACUGCACCUCACGUCUGAAGGCGACAUGUUCAUGGACCUCCAAACGAACCGUUUCGAACUUGUCUCCAAAUUCUCACUAUCCCAUGCAUGCAAGAGGAUUGGGCUGAGCAUAUUCCACGACGGCGGCCAUGCACAACGAAUGCAACAGAAUGAAAUAUCCCCUCUACCAAGCUCCGAGCCGGCCACGAGGACGACGAUCUUGUUCAUACCCGAGAGCGAAACUAUUCGAAUCGAUCGAUCUGUCAGAGAUCUCACCGACAUCAUCCACGACGAUGGGAUAAACACGACCCCCGAGACUGCACCGUUUACUUUAUUCACAUUCCUCCCUGUUGGCGAGGACGGUGACGGUCACCUCGAGCCAGAGAAAGAGACAGAGACAGAGCCAAAGAUUGAGGACUUGGAACUGCACGUCUUCUUCGACGAGUCCGUGCUCGAGGUCUUUGUCAACUCGCGGUGCGCGAUCGCGACGAGAGUCUAUCCGUCGGGGAAGAGGUGUUUGGGCGUGCGGUUCUGGGCAGAGGACGCAGAAGACGAGGGCCAAGAGAGGAAAAGUUCUCAGAUGGCGGAAGAGAUAGAGAGCAGGGGCACCAGCUGUACGACGCAGCUGCGAUGGGAACAAGGAAGCGCGGCUCCCGAAGGGGAAAGCGCGAAAUCGCACAGAAGAUCUGGCAAGAGGGCGUCGUCGUCAAGGUCUAGGCUCUUGCACGCGGUGGCAUGGGACGGCUUGCGAGCUAGAUAG